AUGAAUGUUGAAGAUUUUUUUAAACGUUUAUUAAAUUUACAUAAUAUUGAUGAAUCGAUCAAUCAAUUACAAAUUGUUAAUGAAAAUAUUCAACUAGUUACUUUAUGGCUAGCAACAGAUGAAAUAAGCACUUUAGAUAAUGCAUUAAUAACAAUGGGACGAUUAUAUAAAAACGGAAAAGUUGAUAUCCACUUAAAACAUUUAAUUGAUGAGAAAUCUUAUUUUGAAUUAAAUUAUUAUAUAGAAAAUGUUAUGAGACGUCAUAGUAGUAACGAAAUGGAAAAAAUUCAUUUUACAAAGUCACAAUCUGCUAUAAUUGAUCAUAAACGACAACUAACAUUUUGUAAUGUUGAUUUACAAAGUAUUUCACAUAAAAAGUUGAUACUUAAUGAACAAUUAGAAAUAUUAAAAAUCAUCGAAAAUAUUUUUUCUGUACUAAUUAGACUAGAAUCGGUAGGACAUCCAGACUAUCAGCUGAAAAUAAUGUCUUAUGUUAUUGGUGACAAAAAUGGUGAUUUAUUUUCAAUAAUGAAAAAAGAAAAUGAACAACAACAACUGAAUACAACUGAUAUACGGCUAUUGGUAGCCUUAAAGAUGGAUGGACUAUGGGUAAUCGACCCUGUUGAAUCUCUCGAUAAUAUUUGUUUUUAG